GUAGAAAUGCUCGUCGUUUGUGGUGGGGGCUGUUCAUGAGAAAUCCGAGUGGAUGAUGGGGUGUGUCCCAGAGCCUAUAUAAGAAGGAAUUCUGGCGAAGACCACCUCUUCUGCCCCCUCUUCUACCCCUAAUCUACAGCCCAUAUCCAGCCGUCCUCAUGGACCCCAGUGAUUUCCCCAGUACGUUUGACCCAUUGACCCUGCCAGAGAAGCCCCUGGCUGGAGACCUUCCAGUAGACAUGGAAUUUGGAGAGGAUCUACUGGAAUCUCAGACUGCCCCAACUCGAGGAUGGGCGCCCCCUGGCCCUUCUCCAUCCUCUGGAGCCCUGGACCUGCUUGAUACCCCUGCUGGCCUGGAAAAAGACCCUGGAGUUCUGGAUGGAACCACUGAGCUGCUGGGGCUGGGGGGGCUGCUCUAUAAAGCCCCCUCCCCCACAGAGGUGGACCAUGGUCCUGAGGAGACCCUCGCAUGGGAUGCAGGAGAUCAGACCCUAGAGCCUGGACCAGGGGGCCAGACCCCUGAGGUGGUGCCACCUGACCCAGGGACUGGGGCAAAUCCCUCUUCACCCGAGGGGCUACUAGAACCUUUGGCUCCAGAUUCUCCAAUAAAUCUUCAGUCCCCACAUAUUGAAGAGGAGGAGACCACCUCCAUAGCUACAGGGAGAAGGGGCUCCUCUGGGCAGGAGGAGGAUCUUCCCCAGGGGCAGCCACAGAGCCCAAAUGGCCCCCCCAGCCCUUCAGUGGGAGAGACUCUGGGGGAUGGAAUCAACAGUUCUCAGACCAAACCUGGGGGCCCUAGCCCCCCUGCACACCCUUCCUUACCAGGAGAUGGCCUGACUGGAAAGGCGAGUGAGAAGCCGCCUGAGAGGAAGAGAAGUGAGCGCGUUAGAAGAGUAGAACCUCCAAAACCUGAGGUUGUGGAUUCCACUGAGAGCAUUCCAGUGUCAGAUGAGGAUUCUGAUGCCAUGGUAGAUGACCCCAAUGAUGAGGAUUUUGUGCCAUUCCGGCCCCGGCGCUCUCCUCGCAUGUCCCUACGCUCCAGUGUGGCACAAAGGGCUGGGCGCUCUGCGGCGGGCACCAAGAUGACUUGUGCACAUUGCCGGACACCGCUGCAGAAGGGGCAGACAGCCUACCAACGCAAGGGGCUGCCUCAGCUCUUUUGUUCCUCAUCCUGUCUCACCACUUUCUCCAGAAAGCCCUCAGGCAAAAAGACCUGUACCUUCUGCAAGAAGGAGAUCUGGAACACCAAGGACUUGGUUGUGGCGCAGACUGGUUCAGGAGGCUCCUUCCACGAGUUCUGCACAUCCGUCUGCCUCUCCCUGUAUGAGGCCCAGCAGCAGCGCCCAAUCCCCCAGUCUGGGGAUCCUGCUGAUGCUACUCGCUGCAGCAUAUGCCAGAAGACCGGAGAGGUCCAGCAUGAGGUCAGCAAUGGCAGCGUGGUGCACCGGCUCUGCAGUGAUUCUUGCUUCUCCAAAUUCCGGGCCAACAAGGGACUGAAAACCAACUGUUGUGACCAGUGCGGGGCUUACAUCUACACCAAGACCGGGACCCCUGGCCCCGAGCUCCUCUUCCAUGAGGGCCAACAAAAGCGGUUCUGCAACACAACCUGCUUGGGGGCAUACAAGAAGAAAAACACACGUGUGUACCCCUGUGUCUGGUGCAAGACCCUGUGUAAGAACUUUGAGAUGCUAUCACAUGUGGAUCGUAAUGGCAAGACGAGCUUGUUCUGUUCCCUCUGCUGUACCACCUCUUACAAAGUGAAGCAGGCAGGGCUCACUGGCCCUCCCCGACCCUGCAGCUUCUGCCGCCGCAGCCUCUCUGACCCCUGUUACUACAACAAGGUCGAUCGCACAGUCUACCAAUUCUGCAGCCCCAGCUGCUGGACCAAGUUCCAGCGCACAAGCCCUGAAGGGGGCAUUCACCUGAGCUGUCACUACUGCCACAGCCUCUACUCUCCUCCCUGCCCUGUGACCCCAUCUUAGGACCAGGUGUUCCAGUUCUGCUGUCGUGAUUGCUGUGAGGACUUCAAGCGGCUUCGGGGUGUGGUGUCCCAAUGUGAGCAUUGCCGGCAGGAGAAACUCCUGCAUGAGAAACUCCGUUUCAGCGGCGUGGAAAAGAGUUUCUGCAGCGAAGGCUGUGUGCUGCUGUACAAACAGGACUUCACUAAGAAGCUGGGACUGUGCUGUAUCACUUGUACUUACUGCUCCCAGACCUGCCAGCGUGGAGUCACCGAGCAGCUGGAUGGCAGCACCUGGGACUUCUGCAGUGAGGACUGUAAGAGCAAGUACCUGCUGUGGUACUGCAAGGCUGCCCGGUGCCAUGCCUGUAAGCGACAGGGGAAGCUACUAGAGACCAUCCACUGGCGCGGGCAGAUCCGUCAUUUCUGCAACCAACAGUGUCUGCUGCGCUUCUACAGCCAGCAGAACCAACCCAACUUGGACACCCAGAGUGGGCCCGAGAGCCUCCUGAACAGUCAGUCUUCUGAGGCAAAGCCCCAGACACCCUCUCAAACCAAAGUGGAGAACAGCAAUACAGUGAAGACCCCAGAGGAAACUGGGAAUCUGGGCAAGAUCCCUGUGAAGAUCCGGUUGGCUCCCACUGCUUCUACUCCUCCUCCCUCUGCACCACCCCCAGCCACGCCCCGCAAAAACAAAGCUGCCAUGUGUAAGCCUCUGAUGCAGAAUCGGGGGGUCUCCUGCAAAGUGGAGAUGAAGUCCAAAGGGAUUCAGACAGAAGAGUGGAAGCCACAGGUGAUUGUGCUGCCCAUCCCAGUGCCCAUCUUUGUGCCAGUGCCUAUGCAUCUGUACUGCCAGAAAGUCCCAGUGCCUUUCUCAAUGCCCAUCCCGGUGCCUGUGCCCAUGUUCCUGCCCACUACCUUGGAGAGCACAGACAAGAUUGUGGAGACCAUUGAGGAGCUGAAGGUGAAGAUCCCUUCCAACCCCUUGGAGGCCGACAUCCUGGCUAUGGCAGAAAUGAUUGCAGAGGCUGAAGAGUUAGACAAGGCCUCAUCUGACCUUUGUGAUCUUGUGAGCAACCAGAGUGCAGAGGGACUUCUUGAAGACUGUGACCUGUUUGGGCCAGCUCGAGAUGACGUUCUGGCCAUGGCUGUCAAGAUGGCCAAUGUCUUGGAUGAACCUGGGCAAGACUUGGAGGCAGACUUCCCCAAGAAUCCUUUGGACAUUAACCCCAGUGUAGACUUCCUCUUUGAUUGUGGCCUGGUAGGGCCUGAAGACGUGUCUACUGAACAAGACCUUCCCCGAACCAUGAGGAAGGGUCAAAAGCGGCUGGUGCUUUCAGAGAGCUGUUCCCGGGACUCCAUGAGCAGCCAGCCAAGCUGUACUGGACUUAACUAUUCAUAUGGUGUCAAUGCUUGGAAGUGCUGGGUGCAAUCAAAAUAUGCCAAUGGAGAAACCAGCAAAGGUGAUGAGUUGCGCUUUGGCCCGAAACCUAUGCGUAUCAAAGAAGAUAUUCUGGCCUGCUCAGCUGCUGAGCUCAACUACGGUCUGGCCCAGUUUGUGAGAGAAAUCACUCGACCCAAUGGUGAACGAUAUGAACCUGACAGCAUUUACUACUUGUGUCUUGGCAUCCAACAGUACUUGCUGGAAAAUAACCGAAUGGUGAACAUUUUCACGGACCUUUACUACCUGACUUUCGUUCAAGAACUCAACAAAUCUCUGAGUACCUGGCAGCCCACACUCCUUCCCAACAAUACAGUGUUUUCCCGAGUGGAGGAAGAACACCUCUGGGAGUGUAAGCAGCUGGGGGUCUACUCACCCUUUGUCCUUCUCAACACCCUCAUGUUCUUCAACACGAAGUUUUUUGGGCUGCAGACGGCUGAGGAACACAUGCAGCUCUCCUUCACCAAUGUAGUGCGGCAGUCCCGCAAGUGCACCACCCCCCGGGGCACCACCAAGGUGGUGAGCAUCCGCUACUACGCUCCUGUUCGCCAACGGAAAGGGCGAGACAUGGGUUCUGGGAAGCGGAAGAGAGAAGAUGAAGCCCCAAUCUUAGAGCAGCGUGAGAACCGCAUGAAUCCCCUCCGCUGCCCUGUCAAGUUCUAUGAAUUCUAUCUCUCAAAAUGUCCUGAAAGCCUCCGGACUCGCAACGAUGUGUUCUACCUGCAACCUGAGCGGUCCUGCAUUGCCGAGUCACCUCUCUGGUACUCUGUGAUCCCCAUGGACCGAAGCAUGUUGGAGAGUAUGCUCAAUCGCAUUCUAGCUGUGCGUGAGAUUUAUGAGGAGCUGGGUCGUACUGGGGAUGAAGACCUGGACUGAACCCAUCUGUAUCCAUCUUUCACACCAGUGUCUGGCUUGUCACCAUGUCCCACAGGGCGACUGGCCCAGGAAACCAAUGCUACUCAUUCUGAAGGGCCGUGACUGCCCUUUUCUACUCAUCCAUUCCCUGCCUUCCCUAGGAACCCCUGGCUUUUACCUUCUUCCAAACUAUUUGACAACCACGGGUCCCCAGUCCUCUCUACUUGAGGGCUGAUUAACUAGUGAUAGGCAAAAACCAGCUAGGCCAUUUUCUCUGUGCUUCAGAGUAAACCCCUUCUGCUGGGGCCAGACUCUGGAUGGAGUGUUAAUAGCUCUGGUGAUCCUGUUGGCUUUGGGUUUCCUGACCCAUCCCACGUAGGUAAAGCCCCUUGUUCCUAGAUUUGGCCAAGGGAAGAAUUCAGCUGCCUUCUCUCCUG